AGAAAUAUCCGCAAAGGCACGCAUAGCUGCUGGGAAUGCCGCCGCCGCAAGAUACGAUGUCAAUACUCAACGCCGGGCGAUCUUGUGUGUACGCCAUGUAGGAACCGCGGGUCAAUAUGUCGCAGUCAAGAGCUUGCCGAUGAAUCAGAGGCAUCUGAGUUGUCCAUGCGGAAUCUCGCACGGCGGCUCAGUCGGCUGGAGGAGCUGAUGGGGAGGCUUGCGGAGCGAUCUGCAGCUGGUUCAUCCGCUGAUCUCUUCGCUGGUAUCCUCACUCAAGAAUCAGCCGGGUUCUUUUAUGCCGGUAUGAAUGAGCUCGAGCAGCCAUCCCCAUCGAGGACGAGCGAUCCUGCUCCUCCUCGGAUAUCAACCGUCUCCAGCUCUCACGAGACACCAUCAUCCCUCACCUCUGGAACAACACACGAGACGAAUAUGGAUCUCGCUGGUGACCGUACCCAUGCGGAGACGUUAUACAAACUCUUCCCUUCGCAGAGCGACGUCAAUGCCAUCCUCGAGGCCAGCGCCGGGCCGCAAUUUGUCACAACGCUAUUCCAUCGCCAGGCUGAUAUUGCGAAAGGCAUCUCAGAACCUCCAGAAGCUAUCGGAGCCAUACCAUCGCCGUCAAGCCGACCGACUCUGUUGGCCAAGCGCCUUUUGCAGCUGAUUGUCGAUGGUGUGGAUAAGUUCAUCGCCGCCGAUCGCUUUGUGUCCACUUUUGAAGGACUCGAAUGUCUGUUGCUCUUGGGCUACUGGCAACAAAAUGCGGGGAACCUCAGGAAGGCCUGGCUCAUCUUUCGACAAGCCCUCAGCGUUGGACAACUUAUGGGUGUCAACACCGCCCCAGAGUCCCCUCCGACCACGCCAUUCUCAACACGAUAUCCACCGUCGCCAGAUAUGUUAUGGUUUCGAUCCGUUGCUUCUGACCGCUACCUGUCCCUGCUCCUUGGACUUCCAGCCGGCAGCCACGAUAACUUCUUCGCCGCCCAACCACAAACGGCGAGGGAUACUCCCUGGGAGAAGCUGGAGAAGCUGCAUGCAGUGAUAUCGGAAAAGAUGAUCGAGCGCAACAACUCUACCCAGGCACAGGCUGACCGCAUGACCCAACAGAUCAGUCGCGAUCUCUUGGCAGGUCAGGGUCUCAUGGGUGAAGAAUGGUGGAAACUUUCCCUCUUUGACGCAGAGCAGAGUCUGAGGUCCCAGCCGGAGAUAGCAGGGCGGAUAAUCCUGCAGAUGAAUCACCAUUUGCUCUUGAUCCUGCUGCAUAUCCCAUAUUUGCUGAGAAAUCCCUUGCUUCUGAAUGGCCAGCAAGGUAGCAAGACGAUUUGUACCAAUUCGAGCCGCAACGUUCUGGAAAGGUUUCAUGUCUUCCGGAGCUUGAACGAAUCGGCAUUCGCCUGUCGUCAUGUGGAUUAUGCCGCCCUGGUUGCGGCAAUGACGUUGCUGGUAUCUCAUGCGCAUCAUCCGGAGGUCAGCAACGACGAAAGAAUUCAUCGAGGCACAGAUAGGGCUCUUAUUACUACAGUCAAGGACCGAAUGAAGGACCUCGCAUACCUGAACAGCGAUAAAUUGUUCGAGGAAUCCACUGAUGUCAUUAAUCGGUUAUUGCCUCUCUUGAACUCUCCCGAGUCAGAAUCUCCCAACCCGUAUUCGCUGUUUCCUCCAAGUGUUGAGCUCCAAAUACCCUAUUUCGGUACAAUUAAGGUU